AUGGCUGCAAAAGAUAGAGAUUCAGUAUCAUUAAAAGCUUCGACGGAUAAUCUCAGCAUAGUCCUCGAUACUAUCCCAUCCGUCAAUCAUCAAACCAUCGCUAAUAAGCCCAUUCGCUCAUCAUUCAAGCAUCUCUUUUCUUUCACCAGAUGGAAGCAGGCAGCGGCUCUUACCGCCGCCCUCACUGCUUCAGCCGCAUUUGCUGCCAUCAAGUCCAUCUAUCCCAUCUUCUUGGGCAAGAUCUUCAAUAUAGUAUCCGAUUUCGGUGCUGGUCGGCGCUCAGGCUCGGCAUUUCUAGCACUCUGGGUCGUCUUUGGAGAGCUUCAAGCCAAGUCUGUCCGACAAGAUGUUUUCAAGAGCCUACUGUCAAAGAAUAUGGCAUGGUUCGAUUCUUUAGACCAGGGUGUCUCUAGUCUCUUGCCGGCUAUACAAGCCCAGAAGCGCGAUUUGGAAACUGCAUCAAAGUUUGCUACCUCAUCCAUAAAGGCAAUUGAAAUUGUGAAACUAUUCAACGGAUUCGACCGCGAGCUCCGACAAUACCACGAAGCAAUCGUGUUAGCCAGCAAACAGUAUUUGAUACAGGCUCAAUGCAACUGUUUCCAGAUGGGAUAUGUUGCCUUUUGGGUUGUUGGCAUAUUCGUGGCGGGCUUCUGGUAUGGCACCAUCCUCGUCGACCAAGGACUGAGUCCUGGCCAAGUCAUUACCACCUUUUUCUCUGUCCUUUCAGCGUUCCAGGGAAUUGAAGCGUUGCUCCCACAGUGGCUGGUGUUAUCAAAAGGCAUAUUUGCGGGGGGCUUUUUGUCAUCUUUAUCGACUACAUGUGAUGACGAAGCUGCCAAGGAGAAUGGAGGCCACAUAAGACCAAACUCUUGCAUUGGCAAUGUGGAUCUAAUAGAUGUCACCUUUGCCUAUCCCUCCAAUCCCGAAAAGCCCGUCCUCAAUAAGUCAACCUUCUUUUUCCCCGCCGGCCAACUCACCUUCAUUGUAGGAAGAAGCGGGUCAGGAAAAAGCACAAUCGGGAAUCUUAUUGCUCAAUUCUAUGACCCCUCGUCGGGCCUCAUUUGUUUAGACGGGUACCCCUUGGCCACUCUGGAUGGCGAUUGGGUCCGAUCUAACAUUGCUUUGAUCCAGCAAUUGAGCGUCGUGUUCGAAGAUAGCGUUCUCAAUAACGUAGCAGUUGGGCACAGUGACCCUGAAGCAGUGACAAAAGAGGCUGUCAGCACUGCGUGCGAAUUUGCGCUACUACAAUCGAUGCUCAGUAAUUUCCCCGAAGGCCUCAACACUCGGAUCGGUUCAAAUGGACACAAAUUAAGCGGAUGCCAAAUGCAGAGAGUUGCGCUUGCCAGAGCAAGAAUUCGAGAUCCGGCUGUACUUAUCCUUGAUGAGGUGACAAGCAGCUUGGAUCAGAUUAACCGGAGUCUGAUAGUAGAUGCUAUCAGAGCGUGGCGACGAGACAAAACAACAAUCAUCAUUACGCAUGAUAUUAGCCAAAUUGAAGAUGAUGAAUAUGUUUAUGUCAUGCAAGACGCCACUUUGGUACAGCAGGGAUUGCGGCGACAGCUAGCCAACAUAUCAACAGGCCCAUUUGCGUCUCUGGCUCGUCAGGCUUCCCUUGAAUCAUCGUCUUGGAGUAAAUCACAGAUGGCAGUUGUGCUCUCAGGCAAGAAAUUUGAAAAGACCCGGAAAAGCUCUAAUACAGACAAGAGGUUAAAAAAAUCUGCCGAAAACGUAUCCAGCUAUGGAACUGGCAAGAGACAAUCAUCCAGCGAGAUUAGCGAAUGUUUUGAGCCAUCUUACAGAUUCAAUGCCACAGAAUCUAGCUAUAGAUCCUCCUCAGACAGCGACUACAUUAUGGACUUUUCUCAUGAUUCUGAGCACGACAUAGAUGAUCCAAUCUAUUUAUUUGGAAAAGCAGAUCGCCGAAGCAACAUCUCCAGCUUGCGAGUCGCUUCCAACCGUGAGCAGCCUCCAACCGUUACUACAGAUAUAACUGCAAAGCAAACGGUGGAAAAACCGAGCACUCUAUGGUCAAUUUUGAAAACCGUCUGGCCAAUACUCACCGCAAAAGACCGCGCAAUCUUCCUCGGUGGAAUUGUAAUGUGUCUGAUUAGCUCUGCGGCAAAACCAGUCUUCUCUUUUUGUCUCUCUCAGCUCCUGGCAGUAUUGUGGCUACCAGAGAACAGAACGGCCGCAGCGAAACAAAAGGCAAUAUACUUGGUCAUUACUGCAGUCGUUGAUGGCACUGCCACUGGAAUUGGACAUUUAGCCCUUGAGAAAGUCGGUCAAUCCUGGGUGAAUGCACUUCGUCUCGAGGCUCUAAAGAGAAUCUUGCGGCAGCCGAAAUCAUGGUUCGAUCAAGAUGGAAACUCGGCCAGCAGAAUCAACGAAUGCCUUGACAGGAACUCGGAGGAAACUCGCAACAUUGUGGGGCGAUUCAUCCCCAUCAUUAUAAGCGUCAUCGGGAUGAUUACAGUCUCCAUGAUAUGGGCUUUUAUAACGUCCUGGAGGCUGACUCUCGUCACUCUUUCAGCGCUACCGCUCGUCCUCGGAAUAGUCAAAGGAUACACCAUCAUCAGCAGCAAGUGGGAAGCCAAAUGCAACCAAGGAGCCUCAGAUGCCAGCGCCGUCUUCAGCGAGACGUUUGUCAACAUCCGCGUAGUGCGAGCGCUAAUGCUUGAAAAGUACUUUGGCAAAAAGCAUCAAAAACUGAUUUCUGACACUUUGAGCUUGGGCCUGAAGAGGGCAGGUUAUACGUGUGGACUUUUUGGACUAUACCAGUCAAUGAAUUAUCCCAUGACCGCCUUGGUAUUCUACUAUGCCACAGUCUUAUUAUCUAAGAACGAUGGCACCACAGUAGCCAAGAUACUGCAGGUAAUCAACUUACUACUAUUCAGUAUCGGAACGUCAACCGCUUUAUUAGGCAGCAUACCUCAAAUGACCAUGGCCACAGUAACAGCAACACAGUUACUAGCCUACGCAGAAAUACCGAUAAAUUCCAAAGAGCGCCAAGGCAGUAUUGAGAUAUCUUCCCCUUUACCUGUCAAGGUUAAAAACUUGCAAUUUGCUUAUUCACAGUCGAGCCCACGUGUCCUUCAUAAUGUUUCUUUCAACAUCACGCAGGGAAGUUGCACCGCCAUAGUUGGCUCUUCUGGCUCUGGAAAAUCCACAAUCAUAUCGCUCCUCAUGGGCUUCUACCGCCCUUCAGACGAUGCUCAAUCUCUCACCUACGCAGGCGUUCCCCUUUCCAAACUCAACAUGCAACACCUUCGCUCAAAAAUGGCAUACGUCUCCCAAACACCAUAUCUCUUCCCCGCAACAGUCACAGACAACAUAGUCUACGGUCUCCCGGAAGACUCUCCUUUCAGAGACAGCCUAAGCGUACAAGCCGCAGCAAAAGCAGCCGGCAUUCACAACUUCAUCACCUCUCUCCCUCAAGGCUACUCUACCAUCGUGGGAGAUGGUGGAAUCGCUCUCUCAGGUGGUCAAGAGCAGCGGCUGAGCGUCGCCAGGGCGCUCGUCCGCCAUCCCCAACUUCUCAUCUUGGACGAGCCGACAAGUGCUCUUGAUGCUGAGUCGACAAGCAUGAUCCGCGAGACGAUAUGCGAUCUUAUGGAGCGGGCGAGAAAGAAGGAGAGCGGUAUGGCCAUCGUGAUGGUAACGCAUACGCCUGAAAUGAUGAAGAUUUGUGAUAGGAUUGUCAUGAUUGACAAUGGUGUCAAGGUCGAAGAGGGUAGCUAUGAAGAGCUGAUGAAAGCCAAAGGUCCUUUUGGGCAUCUUAUUAGCAAGGGGGAAUGGCACGGUGGAGAUUAA